AUGGCAAGUUCUCUCACGAAAGUUAUCUUCGGUUAUGGGAAACUGGAGUCUGGAUCAUGGAAAACUCAAAUCGAGGAAGCCGCAGGUGGUCUCAAUCUCGCAGUACUCCUCCCCGUCUCCGAAAUCCCAUGUGUUCAUUGCCAAAAGACUUCAAGAACUUGCGUCUUCCAUGUCCCUUCAACAAACUAUACCUCCACACCGACCGCUGAUCCAAGCAGCGUUCCUGAGCAACAAGACUCUGUGGGAUCAUACCGAGAAGAAUGCGACAACCCCAAGGCCUCGGAAGCGACCAUCCAUGCAGCAAAUCGAAAACCGCCAGACAUAUGUCUUCGAAUUGGAAAGCUGAGCAUCACUGAUCGCAUCGGCGGUAUGCUCAGAGCAAAUUAUGUGGAAUCCCUCGAAGAUUUGUUGCAGGAGAAAGUACACCUCCUUGAGGCCAGCGAUCAGUUCUCCGCUCCAGUGGUCGCUUGGUUCAAACCGCAUUCUUCUCUCCCUCUAGGCCAGCUGUAUUCCGCCAAUAAGAAUCAGACAAUUGAGAUUGACGUCUCGGAAGAGCAAAGGCAGGCCCUUCUUGACCGGUACUUUGUCUCGGUACACCCUGUCUGCUCCGUGGCCUCGAGAAAUGAUCUUCUCGCAGACGACCCUGUGGCAGACGCCCUCCGUUGGGCGAUGUUCUACGCAGCUGCGGUCAGCAUGCCACUGCUUGAAAGUCAAAAAUUAUUCGGCAUGUCGAAAGACUCGCUGGUCAAGAAGCUCAAAAAAUCCGCGGAAGAUGCUCUCAGCAAAGCCGAUAUUGUCACCCAUUUGGAUUUGAGAUUGUUCCAGGCCCUUGUGAUCUAUCUUACUCCACAGUUUCUGUCGGAGGUAUCCCGCUCCCAUUCAGUAUAUAUUGCAGCAGUUAUCCGUCAUUUUCAAAUCGCAGGGUUCGACCAGGACGCCGAACAGGAUACCGAUGCUGUUCGUCAGACCAAACGACAUCUUUGGCAGCAUUUAUUAUUUCUCAAUAUUCGAGCAAUCGAGGCUGUGGGUCCUGAACGCACCGUCAUUGAUGAUCCGUACUCGUUAAUGCCCGAGCUCGAUGAAUAUCGAUAUGAAACAGCCUCUGAAUCAUUCAAUUCCGAUUGCAUCUUGGCUCUCAUCCGAUAUGAAUGUUAUCGAAUACAUCGAAUUAUAUUUCGAGAAAGAGAAAAUUUCAAAAGAGGAAGAUCGACGUUUGUUUCAUUUUUGGGAACGCUGGAGCAGCUAAAGCUGCAUGUUCAAACAAAAUAUCUCGACCAUCUUGAUGAGAGAAUCCCAUUACACAAAUAUGCAGGUUUGGUAGGAAAGCUGCUUUUGGCCAGAAGCGAUGGAAUGACCAUUCAUUCGCAGCGUGUGAGAUGGCAACUUCCUAAUGAGGGUCUCAAUUUGAGAGAAAGAGCAAUUCAAUCCGGCCUUGAUGUGUGUGAAACUGCGGUCUUACUGGAGACCGACCCAGAUCUUGCUAAUUGGGCCUGGUAUGCCCCAGCAUAUCAACAAUACCACAGCAUACUCUUUCUUCUGGUCUCAAUCUACCAAACACCAGAGCUGCCGGAGGGCGACAGGAUCAUGACCAUGAUCGAUCAUGUUUUCGGACCGUCAACCGUGUCAUCAGGCCAGAUUCGGAGCAUGACAGUGCUAAAGGCCCUCAAAGAUAACAUGGCAUCGUUUCUUGCCGCGGUGGGCUCACCCAACUACAGGCUCCCGCGCGGAAAACCGCCACACCAACCUGGUCCUCAUAUGCUGACUCCGCCCACGGAUAGCUUGACAGUUGCACAAGGUAGCACAGUCGGUGAUCAAAAUCUGACCUAUUUCGAUGUCGACAGUAUGAGUCCUUCGAUCACGGCUGAAGAUAUUUGGUGGCCGUGGCCUCCUCAAAUGCCACUUCUGGAACAAGGAGAUUCAUUUGGACCCUUCGACACAUUUUAA